UUUGAUAUAUCGUGGUGAAUCGUUCAUUUUCGUUGUUGUGACGGAGACUGCCGAAAAUUCGCCAUAGGAUUUCUAGCUAGUGCUUAAAUUAAUCGCUGUUCUGGUCAAGAAGGCCAAAUAGCGACAAGGUAAGAAUAAAAUACCAAUACUUAAUUCCUAUGUGACCAUGCAGAUUGUAUAGUUUACAUUAGUAUGCAUUAUUUGGAUUUAGUAACAGCCAGCCUCUGUAAAUUCAGUGCGAUGUCCCGUGUCCUUGACUUGUAUCUAGCUAACAUUGGACGCUAACUUGCUAAGAAAGCAUUCGACAACACCAACUCGAGUGCUGAGAAAACGUCAACGCAGUACUAGCUAACAUUGGAGACAGGGGAGGCCGUUUCAUGUAACUUAACUGAUGUGGACAUUUAUUCACUAUUAUGUUGACUGUGUGUGUGACAACUUCUAGUAAGUUGACACAGCUAGCAAGGUGUCCGAUUUUGUAACAUCUUGAGUUUACAGGUCGUUAUGCAGUUGUCCCUUGCCAUAGACCACCGGCAGUAGUGCACACAUAUUAUCAUAAUUAAUACAACUAAUGUAAUUUGUUAUGACAUAUGUACCCCAUGCUGUGUCUUACUCUUAGAUACGCUAACUAGAACGAUUAGCUAUACAAUAGCCAGUUAGAUAUGUUUCACUUCUGCUCUCUUUCCAGCGUCAUGUUGCGUUUGCCAGCCGUUAGCCGCGCGCUAGCUGGGGCAGCCAAGGGCAGCCUGGUCCCCUCCAACAAUGGUAAAGACCGUGUGUGCACCCUCAAGCUACUUGGAUACAUGAAUGCAUGUUGUGUUUUGAAGCGAACACACACAAUUUCUCUCUAGGGUUUCUGAUUACUUUGAAGUGUUAUCUGUGUUUGUGUUUGCAGUGCGUACCUCAGCAAGAGCUGCCAGUAACAUGGUGGAGGUGUUUGUUGAUGGGAAACCAUUGGAGGUGCUGCCUGGAACCACAGUGCUGCAGGUAACCUUUGAACUUUGACCUCACACUGACCCCAUUCACCAUGUAGGGUUAUGCAGUAGGCCUGGUGACUAAUUGUGGCUGUGUGUUUUAUUGUGACUGACUCAUUGUAUUUGUGUUUGUUUAGGCCUGUGAGAAGAUGGGGGUGCAGAUUCCUCGAUUCUGCUACCACGAGCGCCUGUCUGUGGCUGGGAACUGCAGAAUGUGUCUGGUGGAGAUCGAGAAAGCCCCAAAGCUGGCGGCGGCGUGCGCCAUGCCAGUGAUGAAAGGCUGGAACAUCCUGACCAACUCAGAGAAGACCCGCAAGGCCAGAGAGGGAGUGAUGGAGUUCCUGCUGGCUAACCACCCUCUGGAUUGCCCCAUCUGUGACCAGGGAGGAGAGUGUGACCUUCAGGUAAACACACACACUCUGAACGUGUAAAUGCGCACACACACACACACACACACACAUACUGACUGUUGUGUUUUUGGGUGUGGGUUGUGCCUCAGGACCAGUCCAUGCAGUUUGGUUCAGACCGCAGUCGUUUCUCUGAGGACAAGCGGGCCGUGGAGGAUAAGAACAUUGGACCACUCAUCAAAACCAUCAUGACCCGCUGCAUCCAGUGCACACGCUGCAUCCGGUGAGUACUAUGCUGUGUCCCUCUCAGCCACCGUACUAAUCUUUCUCCGCUUUGUUUGUCCCUCUCAGCCACCAUACUCCUCACUCUCUCUCUCCCUUCGCUUUGUAUGUCCUUGUCAGCCACCGGUACUCCUAUCUCCACUCUGUAUACAUUCUAAUGCUAGGCCUUUGUGCCUAAAUGCCAGUUUUACCAGUGAGAUUGCUGGCCAUGGGUUGGUAUUGAUCAGAUUUGAUAGUUUUUUUUAUUUCUCCAUAUGCCAGUUUUGCCAGUGAGAUUGCAGGUGUAGAGGACCUGGGUACCACAGGCAGAGGGAACAACAUGCAGGUGGGAACGUACGUGGAGAAGAUGUUCAUGUCUGAGAUGUCAGGAAACGUCAUCGACAUAUGUCCAGUAGGAGCCCUCACCUCCAAACCAUACGCCUUCACCUCACGACCCUGGGAGACCAGGUACUGUGUGUGUGAGAUAUAUACAGUGGGGAGAACAAGUAUUUGAUACACUGCCGAUUUUCCUACUUACAAAGCAUGUAGAGGUCUGUAAUUUUUAUCAUAGGUACACUUCAACUGUGAGAGACGGAAUCUAAAACAAAAAUCCAGAAAAUCACAUUGUAUGAUUUUUAAGUAAUUAAUUUGCAUUUGAUUGCAUGACAUAAGUAUUUGAUACAUCAGAAAAGCAGAACUUAAUAUUUGGUACAGAAACCUUUGUUUGCAAUUACAGAGAUCAUACGUUUCCUGUAGGUCUUGACCAGGUUUGCACACACUGCAGCAGGGAUUUUGGCCCACUCCUCCAUACAGACCUUCUCCAGAUCCUUCAGGUUUCGGGGCUGUCGCUGGGCAAUACAGACUUUCAGCUCCCUCCAAAGAUUUUCUAUUGGGUUCAGGUCUGGAGACUGGCUAGGCCACUCCAGGACCUUGAGAUGCUUCUAGUUGCCCUGGUUGUGUGUUUCGGGUCGUUGUCAUGCUGGAAGACCCAGCCACGACCCAUCUUCAAUGCUCUUACUGAGGGAAGGAGGUUGUUGGCCAAGAUCUCGCAAUACAUGGCCCCAUCCAUCCUCCCCUCAAUACGGUGCAGUCGUCCUAUCCCCUUUGCAGAAAAGCAUCCCCAAAGAAUGAUGUUUCCACCUCCAUGCUUCACGGUUGGGAUGGUGUUCUUGGGGUUGUACUCAUCCUUCUUCUUCCUCCAAACACGGCGAGUGGAGUUUAGACCAAAAAGCUCAAUUUUUGUCUCAUCAGACCACAUGACCUUCUCCCAUUCCUCCUCUGGAUCAUCCAGAUGGUCAUUGGCAAACUUCAGAUGGGCCUGGACAUGCGCUGGCUUGAGCAGGGGGACCUUGCGUGCGCUGCAGGAUUUUAAUCCAUGACGGCGUAGUGUGUUACUAAUGGUUUUCUUUGAGAAUGUGGUCCCAGCUCUCUUCAGGUCAUUGACCAGGUCCUGCCAUGUAGUUCUGGGCUGAUCCCUCACCUUCCUCAUGAUCAUUGAUGCCCCACGAGGUGAGAUCUUGCAUGGAGCCCCAGACCGAGGGUGAUUGACCGUCAUCUUGAACUUCUUCCAUUUUCUAAUAAUUGCGCCAACAGUUGUUGCCUUCUCACCAAGCUGCUUGCCUAUUGUCCUGUAGCCCAGCCCAUCCCAGCCUUGUGCAGGUCUACAAUUUUAUCCCUGAUGUCCUUACACAUCUCUCUGGUCUUGGCCAUUGUGGAGAGGUUGGAGUCUGUUUGAUUUGAGUGUGUGGACAGGUGCAGUUAAUACAGGUAAUGAGUGGAGAACAGGAUGGCUUCUUAAAGAAAAGCUAACAGGUCUGUGAGAGCCGGAAUUCUUACUGGUUGGUAGGUGAUCAAAUACUUAUGUUAUGCAAUAAAAUGCAAAUUAAUUAUUUAAAAAUCAUACAAUGUGAUUUUCUGGAUUUUUGUUUUAGAUUCCGUCGCUCACAGUUGAAGUGUACCUAUGAUAAAAAUUACAGACCUCUACAUGCUUUGUAAGUAGGAAAACCUGCAAAAUCGGCAGUGUAUCAAAUACUUGUUCUCCCCACUGUACUGUGUGUGUGAGAAUAUAUCAAGUGUGUGUGUACAACGUGUGUGUUUGUAAAAAGGAAGAUGGAUAUACACUCUAGAUCCAGUAUAUAGACAUGAUGGACGGUGUAGGCAGAACCAUUGUUGUGUGUUUGUAGGAAGACUGAGUCUAUAGAUGUGUUGGAUGCAGUAGGCAGUAACAUCAUUGUGAGUACGCGUGGUGGCGAGGUGAUGAGGGUUCUGCCCCGCCUGAACGAAGACAUCAACGAAGAGUGGAUCUCAGACAAGACCAGGUGAGACACAGACCUGGCCCUAACCACACCCCUUACUUGUCUAUCACCCUGCAAACAGUUGGGACUUCAAAGUCCAAUCAAUAUAUGUAGAUAACGUGCGUGUUGAUACCGUGUCUACCGUGUGUGUUACAUGUGUAUAAAGUGUGUGUGUGUGUUUGUAGGUUUGCGUAUGACGGUCUAAAGCGCCAGAGGCUGACCCAGCCUAUGGUGAAGGACGCGUCAGGACAGCUGGUCCCCACAUCCUGGGAGGACGUACUCACACGCGUGGCCGGAGCAGUAAGUCUGUGUGUAGUGUCCGUCUGUCUGUGAUGUGUCUGUCACUGAUGUUUGUCACUCAACAGACAUGUUGGACACUGUAGGCAAUGACAUUGUUUUCUGUCUGUCUAUAGGAAGAUCUGAAGUGGUGCCUAUAAUGUUUGUCUGUAUAAAAAGUUAGUAUAUACAGUGCAUUCUGAAAGUAUUCAGACCCCUUGACUUUUUCCACAUUUUGUUACAUUACAGCCUUAUUCAAAAAUUGAUUAAAUCGUUUUUUUCCCCCUCAUCAAUCCACACACAAUCCCCCAUAAUGACGAAGCAAAAACAUGUUUUUAGAAAUUUUUGCAAAUGUAUUAAAAACAAAAAACGGAAAUAUGACAUUUACAUAAGUAUUCAGACCCAUUACUCCUUUGGCAGCGAUUACAGCCUUGAGUCUUCUUGGGUAUGACGCUACAAGCUUGGUACACCUGUAUUUGGGGAGUUUCUCCCAUUCUUCUCUGCAUACCCUCUCAAGCUCUGUCAGGUUGGAUGGGGAGCGUCGCUGCACAGCUAUUUUCAGGUCUCUCCAGAGAUGUUCUAUUGGGUUCAAGUCCGGGCUCUGGCUGGGCCACUCAAGGACAUUCAGAGACUUGUCCCGAAGCCACUCCUGUGUUGUCUUGGCUGUGUGUUUAGGGUCGUUGGGGUCGUUGUCUUGUUGGAAGGUGAACCUUCGCCCCAGUCUGAGGUCCUGAGCGCUUUGGAGCAGGUUUUCAUCAAGGAUCUCUCUGUACUUUGCUCCGUUCAUCUUUCCCUCGAUCCUGACUAGCCUCCCAGUCCCUGCUGCUGAAAAACAUCCCCACAGCAUGAUGCUGCCACCACCAUGCUUCACCGUAGGGAUGGUGCCAGGUUUCCUCCAUACGUGACGCUUGGCAUUCAGGCCAAAGAGUUAAAUCUUGGUUUCAUCAGACCAGAGAAUCUUGUUUCUCAUGUUCUGAGAGUCUUUAGGUGCCUUUUGGCAAACUCCAAGUGGGCUGUCAUGAGCCUUUUACUGAGGAGUGGCUUCCGUCUGGCCACUCUACCAUAAAGGCCUGAUUUGGUGGAGUGCUGCAGAGAUGGUUGUCCUUCUGGAAGGUUCUCCCACCUCCACAGAGGAACUCUGGAGCUCUGUCAGAGUGACCAUCAGGUCCUUUGUCACCUCCCUGACCAAGGCCCUUCUCCCCCGAUUGCUCAGUUUGGCCAAGUUGCCAGCUCUAGGAAGAGUCUUGGUGGUUCCAAACUUCUUCCAUUUAAGAAUGAUGGAGGCCACUGUGUUCUUGGGGACUUUCAAUGCUGCAGAAUUUUUUUGGCACCCUUCCCCAGAUCUGAGCCUUGACACAAUUCUAUCUCGGAGGUCUACGGACAAUUCCUUCGACCUCAUGGCUUGGUUUUUGCUCUGACAUACACUGUCAACUGUGGGAACAUCAAUAGACCGAUGUGUGUGCCUUUCCAAAUCAUUUCCAAACAAUUUAAUAUACCAUAGGUGGACCUCUAAUCAAGUUGCAGAAACAUCUCAAGGAUGAUCAAUGGAAACAGGAUGCACAUGCGCUCAAUGUCGAGUCUCAUAGCAAGGGUCUGAAUACUUCUGUUUUUUAUUUUUAAUACAUUUGCAAACAUUUCUACUAACCUGUUUUAGCUUUGUCAUUAUGGGGUAUUGUGUGUAGAUUGAUGAGGAUAUUUUUUAUUUAAUCCAUUUUAGAAUAAGGCUGUAACGAAACAAAGUGGAAAAAGGGAAGGGGUCUGAAUACUUUCCAAAUGCACUGUAUGUAUGUAUGUAUGUAUGUAUGUAUGUAUGUAUGUAUGUAUGUAUGUAUGUAUGUAUGUAUGUAUGUAUGUUUAGGUAUCGUGUGUAAUGUUUCUGUAAUGUGUGUGUGUGUGUGUGUGUGUGUGUAGUUGCAGGGGGCCCAGGGCAGUGACGUGGCAGCCAUAGCUGGAGGUAUGGUGGAUGCGGAGGCUCUGGUGUCUCUGAAGGACCUGCUCAACAGACUGAACAGUGACAACCUCUGUACUGAGGAGGUCUUCCCACAUACUGGGGCUGGGUGAGUCAGGGUGUCAGGGUGCGGGAGGAGGUCUUCCCUGACACUGGGGCUGGGUGAGUCAGGGUGGCAGGGAGGGGGAGGAGGUCUUCCCCGACACUGGGGCUGGCUAAAUCAGGGAGGGGUGAGUUAAGGGUGUGGGAGUAGGGGUGAGUCGGGAGUAGUGAGGUAGAGAAGGGUGAAGGAAUUGUAUAUUGCAUCAUGGUUAGAUUAUGGUUGGUUAUGGUACGUUAAUAAUAGGUUGUAAUAGGUUGUAUUAUGGUUAGUAAUGGCAUGUUAGUAAAAAGUUGUCUCAUGGUUAGUAAUAGGUUGUAUUGUGGUUUGUUUAGCUCUGACCUGCGUUCCAACUACCUGCUGAACUCUCGGAUCAGUGGCAUUGAGGAAGCUGACCUGCUGCUACUUAUAGGAACCAACCCUCGCUACGAAGCCCCGCUCUUCAAUGCACGCGUCCGCAAGAGGUACACACACACACACACACACACACACACACACACACACAUCUAAACAUUGGCUGCAUACACACACACACACACACCAAUCCUUGAAGUGAGGUCCUGCUUUCAACAGAUGUAUCCAAAAGUGCAACCUCCAUAAACACACACACACAUUAAUUGAUGUCUGCAGCAGCGCACGCACACACACACACACACACACACACACACCAACUUGCAGUAGGAAGCCUCUCUCACCAUCUCCCCUUCCUUUCUCAGCUGGUUGCAUAAUGAGUUGAAGGUGUCUGUGGUGGGGAGCAGUGCGGAUCUGAGUUACACUUACGACCACCUGGGAGAGUCUACUCAGGUGCUGCAGGACAUCGCUAACGGAACACACCCCUUCUGCCAGGUAACCACGGCCACCACAGACUGGGAAGGGAUUGGGGGGGGGACAGUCGGCGCGAGUUGGGGUUGCAUUGUUGUCGAUAGAAAUGUUGCAACCAACAUUGUUACAGAGAAAUGCUGCAACCAACAUUGUUACAGAUCGGAAUGUCGUGAAUAGAACUGACAUGAUUGGUCAUUCUGCAUGACAGAGAAGCAUGUCUGUUCUAGAAUCUAGACCAUGUAUUUCCAUCUGCGUUCCAUAAUGUUGUGUACUACUGGACGUGGUCCAGUUCUGUUUGUGGUUAUGCAAUGCCCUAACCUUUCCCUGUCCUUCUCUCUUUCUCUCUCUCCUCCUCCAGGUGCUGGCGCAGGCCAAGCGACCGGUAGUGGUGGUGGGUAGUGCCUCUCUUCAGAGGGAGGACGGAGGAGCCAUCUUGAGCUCUGUGCAAAUCAUCGCCCAGAACGCUCGGGCCAGCAGCGGAGCGGAUGAGGGCUGGAAGGUCCUCAACGUCCUACACAGGUUAACAUGCUAAACCUAUCUCUGGGCUAACUUCUAGUAGCAUUGAGCAUCCAGCUAUUACUAGCAUUUAGCAUCCAGCUAUUACCAGCAUUUAGCAUAUAGCUAAUAUAAGCGUUUAGCAUACAGCUAACAAUUUUGUCUAUCCCUACUAGCAUCCAAUCAUCUGUGUGUGUGUCUACUAGCGUCCAAUCAUCUGUUUGUCUAUCUGCAGGGUAGCCAGUCAGGUGGCAGCCCUGGAUCUGGGCUACAAGGCGGGGGUGGAGUCUAUCCGUAAAGCCCCGCCCAAAGUUCUGUUCCUGCUAGGAGCUGACGGAGAAUGCAUCACCAGACAGGACCUGCCCAAAGACAGCAUGAUCAUCUACCAGGGUACACACACACACACACACACACAGGACAACAUGUUCAUUUAUCAGGGUAGAACACACCCAGUGCACUCUUCCCAUGCAACACACGCACCUGCCAUUCUAUAUACAGCAUAUGUAUGGUACAUGUCUGAGGGCUGUGUGUGUAUCGCUGCCAGGUCACCAUGGAGACGUGGGUGCUACCAUGGCUGACGUUAUCCUGCCCGGCGCGGCGUACACGGAGAAGAACGGAACAUACGUCAACACAGAGGGGAGGAGUCAACAGACACGCGUGGCCGUCACCGCGCCCGGCAUGGCCAGGGAGGACUGGAAGAUCAUCAGAGCCAUCUCUGAGGUACACACACACACACACACCCAUACCGUAUGCAUUUCUUGAAGACGUAGUGUGUAUAUAAAGUGUGUGUGUGUUAUAUGUAACUAAUGAGUGUGUUGCAGCUGGCGGGGCUGACUCUACCCUAUGACUCUGUGGAUGAGGUGAGGGGCCGGCUGGCCGAGGUUUCUCCUAACCUGGUCCGCUACGACGACGUUGAGGAGGCCAACUACUUUAAACAGGCCAACCAACUCUCACAGGUAACCUUUCACCCCUAACCUCAAACUCUCACAGGUCAGAACAUAGCCUUUAACAUUCCACCCCUUAACUGACUUUUCUUUACAAUCAACUGUUAUGAAAUCAUCAUUGGAGACUGUUGUUUUUGACACUGAUAUUGAGAGCAUACUCAACCGUCCUUUAUUUCUCUCUCUCUCUCUCUCUCUCAGGCUGUGAAUCAGACUCUUCUAGCAAAUCCUCUCGUUUCUCCUCAGCUGACAGCUAAAGACUUCUAUAUGACAGGUAUGUACCAUAGACAUAGCUCUGUGAAUGUUUGUUUGUCAGACUGAUGAGAGGGCGGAAUGCACAUGGAUAAUUGGUGGGAUCCUUUUGUCACUUGUGUGAGGAAAUGAGUGUGUGUGUAACAUUCUCUCUCUCAUAGAUCCCAUUAGUAGAGCGUCUCAGACUAUGGCCAAGUGUGUUAAAGCCGUCACAGAGGGAGCUGACGCCGUCGACGAACCAUCCAUCUGCUGAACUCAUACGCACACACUCAGACAGCCAAACGCACACACACAGUGAUGACGCUCUCCUUUAUUUAAGUUGUUUUUUGCUGAUUGCUGUAAAGAUGUAAUGUCCACACUGAGUUCAAGGGAAGAGACUUUGUUGAAGAAAAUGAAACUUGAUUAUGAAUAAAAUCUUAUCCUGUA